UGCUUCUGGCCGAUCAAGUCGAGAGCGACCGGGGUCUCGUGGAACCCGUGCAGGGGAUCGAGACAGCGAAGGGUGGAUCGAGCAGUCGAUCUUUGCGGGCGGGGUCGGAUCCAUCGCCGACCGGGUCGAUCGACGCACCGCCGCGAGAAGUCAAAGAUAAGAUUUCGACACCCAGACAGAGAGAGACAGAAGCGGACGCGGAGGGUACGCGGAAUUGGGAUAACAAAAUGGAAACAAUAUUUUUAAUCAGCUUUUGCCUCGGCCUAGCGACCGGCCACUUUCGUGGACCACAUCAUCCAAGGAGCAGCGUGUCUCAUCAUCAUUACACACCGGACAGCGACGCAAUCAAAUUGACGCAGGAUGAUGAACUCCUUCAUGACGCAACACAUUUAAAAGAAGAUAUGGGUUCCAUGGCCGAUCAACUUGAUUUUUCGAAGAUGACUGAACAAGAGAUAGAGUUCCAUUAUUUUCAAAUUCACGAUUUCGACAAUAAUACAAAGUUAGACGGAUUAGAAAUUCUUCACGCUCUUCAACAUACGAUGCAUGAAAACGAGGAAGAAGGGAUACAAAAAGCAGAGGAAGAUUGGAUUGUAGUACUAAUAGAUAAAGUGUUAGAAGAGGACGAUUUAAACAACGAUGGAUAUCUAGAAUAUGUCGAAUAUGUGUUGGGCAGACAAAGAGAUCAUGUCGCACAAGACAAACGCAACAAGCUCAGAAUCGGAACAUGAAGAUUUUA